AUGGCAGGAAGCUCCGAGCCCGCGACAGUCCCCACGGCCGCAACCGCCGGCCUCGCGUGCGUCAAGUGCGGCCGCGACGUGUCCGAAGCCGACGCCUUUUGCAUCUACUGCGGCACGAAAGUCAGCUUCUCCCUGUCGCAACGGAAGCUGCCGGCCGCCGUCGACACACAGGCGACAUCGCCCGACGCGGCAUCGACCGCCGCCGCUGCUCCACCCCCCGCACUUACACCCGCUGACCCCUCACCAGCGGCCACUGCGCCUCCAAAGCCGACCGCUCCAGCGCCUGUGCCAACGGCCACGACCCCCCCACCGGACCCCGCGCCGAACGCGACGCCAGCGGCGGCCUCUGCGUCAACCGGCGGUCGGCCCGUGCAGACCAACGCCCCCGCGCCGACCGCAGCCAGUACCGCUCCGGCCGCUGCGCGGCCGUCGCCCAUGCCGCCGUCCGUGUCGCUGUCGGCGUCGCAGCGUCGGCCGCUGCCGGCCGCGCAGUCCACGCGCGCGCCCAGCGAGGGCCGAAUGCACGACCACAGCGGCCGCGGGUCGCUCGACGGCGUCCCGUCCGACGUCGCGGGCCUCGAGAAGCUCUGGGUGCCCGACAACUUCAGCAACGAGUGCAUGGACUGCAAAGCGACGUUUGGGUUCCCCAAGCCGCGGCGCCACCACUGCCGCGUGUGCGGGCUGCUCUUCUGCCGGCCCUGUGUGAACCACAAGAUCCAAGUGCCCGCGUCGUUCGGCUACGGCAACGCGCAGCAGCGGUGCUGCCGCAACUGCAUCACGGCGCUGCAGAUGAAGGCCAUCACGACGCCGGCCGACGUGUUUGCCCAGCGCCGCGGCCCCGUGACGCGGUCCACGUCGGGCCAAGAGAGCUACGACGUGCUCGGCGUGUCGAAAGACGCGACGCCCGAGGAGAUCGCGGCGCAGUACAAGAAGAAGUCGCGGCUCAUGGACCCGACCAAAGUCGAGGACCAGGAGACGCUCGAGAAGAUCAACGACGCGUACCGGAACUUGCAGGACCCGAGCGCCCGGAGCCGCGACGAGUCGGGGCGGUCGCGCGACUCGAGCGUCUUGAGCAACGACGCGACGAGUCACUUUGUCUCGGACACGGCCCGGAGCGACCAGACCGAGUGCCAAGUGUGCUUCCGGCCGUUCAAGCUCGGGCGACGGCAGCACCACUGUCGACGCUGUACGCGCAGUGUCUGCACGCAGUGCAGUGUCGAGUCGAAGCCGAUUCCUGAGCUCGGGUUCCCCGUGCCCGUGCGCCACUGCACGUCGUGCAAUGAGAGCCCGCCCAAGUUCAUUAAGCCCGUAAUGGACCCCGUGUCGAAGCCGCCCGCGGGCUUUGAGUACUUGACGAAGCUCGACAUCCUCGUGAACAUCACGGCCAAGUCGAGUGGGAACACGCCCGACACGGAGACGUACAUGCUGAAGACGUACUGCGAGCCGAACGAAGCUGCCGCGCGCGCUGCGAACUACACGGUGACCGAGUCGGACCGCGCGGUCACGCACGAGUACCAGAUCCUCGAAGAGCGCAGCAUGGCCGACUUUGAGUGGCUGUUUGUCAAGCUCGGGGACUUUUCCAACCCGAAAGCGCUGCCGAACUUCCCCGACAAGCGCACGUCGCGCGGUGAGCGGGAGAAAGUGCUGCAGACGUUCUUGUACGGGUGUAUGCUGCAUCCGCUGCUGCGGGACGCUGAUUGUCUGAAGGCGUUCUUGGCGCUGCCGACCGACCAGUUGCGUCAGCUCCAGAAGAGUGGCAGCAAGUCCAUGUACGACACGGACGAGUACAAUACGCUGAUCAAGUCGCUGCGUCUGGAGCUAGAGAAGGCUCAGAUCCGCACCAAGGUGAACGGUCUGAUCAGUCGCCAGAAGAAGCAAAAGAUGCGUCUCGCGCAGCAGGCGGCUCGUGCCGAGGAGCAGAAGAAGCGCGAUGCCGCGCAGAACAUUCGUCGUGAGCAGGCGGUCUUUCGCUUCAAGGCACUUGAGGCGCGCAAGGAGACGCAGACGGAGCGCAUGGAGCGUGAGAAGGAGCGCUACGAGAAGCAGUCGAGCACGACGCACAUUCUGUUCUUUGACGUUGUGCGUGACCAGACGGUGCGUAAUACGGAGGAAGAGACGCGGAUCAAGGAGAAGGUCGAGUUCACCAAGUCGAAAGACAGCUUCCAGCAGGACACGACGCAAUGGAACAACGACAUGGCCCAGUGGUCAAAGCACCGUGCUGACUGGUCAGAGGCCCACAAUCCUGCUGUGUCGAAGGACAUUGCCAACGACUUUAUCGUGCAUUCGUACGGCAUCUUCCACUCGUCGCAGGAACAAAAGAACAAGGUGCCACGUGAGCUCAUUGACCUGCACACGCAGUUUGUGAAGAUCCAGGAGAAGGAGCCAGAGCUGUUGGAGGAAGAAGGUAACCUCGUCGAUGGUGAAUGGAUGAAGCUUGCCAAGGAGCGUGAGCACUGGACGAGCAGCCGGGCGAACAUGAAGCGCGAAGACGAGAUGUGUCGUGACGAGGAUGCCCGCUACAAACAGGAGCACGAGUACGUACGUCUGGAGGCGGAGGCUCGUCAGAAGAAGGUGAAGACUAUCGAGGCCGACCUCUUGGCACUCAAGACGGAGAUCAAUGCCCGCACACGCUCGAUUGCUCAGCGCCGCUCGCGCCACCAGGCUCUCGAUGAAGAGUACGAGCAAGAGUGGCGCGUUGUGCAAACGCAGCGCAUCAACACCACGAAGUUGCGUCUGGACGAGCACACUGCGCGUAUUACUCGUGGCAAGAAGCGCACGGAUGUUUUCAGCGAUCAGCUGGCCCGCCAGAUCAAGUCGCAGCGCAUGCUGUUGUUCAAGCGUGCUGCCCUCACCGAGGAGCGCAAGGCAGACUGCAUGCUGUUCGAUGAACACUGUGAGGAUUGCAAAAACACUUUGGAUGAAGCCCGCAACGCUCUGGUCAUUACGCCCGAGUACGUUGCUCGUCUUGAGGCUGACAUGAAGGUUCGCGCCAGCGAGUUGCACGCUGUGAAGGACAGCAACAAGCGCAUUCCGCAGGAGGGUGGCGAUGUCGAGGUGGACGAGCGUGACGAGUUCAUGAACGACGUGCGCCGCCGCCGUGCCCAGUUCCAGAAGGAGUUGGAUGACCAGGCUGUCCAGCUGGAGACGGAAAACAAGCUCUGCGCGUCUCUGCUAGAGCGCAUGAACCAGCACAUCAAGAGCCUGGAAGAGGAGGUAACGAAUGCUACGCAGGAAGAAAAGAUGAUUGACCAGUUCGACAAGCUGAUAGAAACGGAGACGAAGUUGUUGGCGGACGAAGAAGCUAAGCGUGAGGAGAAGAAGCGUCUCAUUACUGAGUUGAUGAACAACGCUGGCAACUGGGUACUCGAUGCUUUGCACGGACACUCGAGCCGCAAGAAGGUGGAGGCGAACCGUCUUGUCAAGCAGGCUGUGCGUGCUGCUGAUCUGCAGAAACUGGUGCAGCACUUCACGCACCGUGUGAUCGACCAGGAGGAGCGUAUCAUGCGCCAGAAGCAGCGCAUUCUGAAUGGCGAGCACAAGGUGGAGAUGCUCAAGUCAUCGGAGAACUGGUAUCAAUACGUGACUGGCCACGCCGCCGACCUUGGCAAGAAGGACAUGAAGAUUCUUGAAGCCGGCCGCAAUGAGCGUACGGAAGACUUGAAGGAGUCUUCUCGUCUGCAGAAGGAUGAUGAGGCUGACAUUAAGAGCGUCGUGAAGGAACUUGCUAUGAGCCGCGAUUACGCGAAGGAGAAGGUGGACAAGCGUCAGGUGUGGGCGCAAGUCGAAGAAGUGUACAGCGUUUCGAAGCCACAGGAGAAGGACGAGGACAUGAUGAUGACGUCGCAAAUCCGCAGUCUUCUGCAACAGCUGGCCGAGGCGUUCGAGAUGCUGACGAACCGUCUCCUGGAGGAAGAGGAGAGUUUGCAGCACGCUUCCUCGCAGCUUGAGGGCGAGAUCGACUCCAUUAACGCGUUCAUGGAGCGCAUGGACAGCGAGGAGAGUGCCUUGUGUGCCACUGAGAAGACUUCGCUCGCGAAGGAGUCGCACGUGCGUCGCUCAGAAGCUGAUCUGAUCGAGCAGCGCGCGCGUGCUCUGAUCGACAGCUACAAGCAGAUGCAGGCUGAGCACAUGAAGUACCCUGUCGAGUUGGGCAAGGUCAGGAGCCGUCGCGCUGAGCGUGAGAGGCCGAUUCUGCCACGCGAGGCGGAGCUCGAGGCUGCGAAGAAGCUUAUCAAGAACCGCAACUACUACGACCGGAAGGCGUGCGCUGAGUUUGCAAAGCGCUUCAAGGUGGACCACGAAAUGAAGGAGGUGCGCGAUGUAUUCGACUGGCUGAAGCUUGUCAUUGAGCGCGAUAUUAAGCGCAUGGAGAAGUGGCUUGACUCGAGUCGCAAGGAGCGUAAGGAGAUUGAGAACCUGAAGGUGAAGGGCAAAGAGAUCAACUGGGACGAAGACACCCUCGAGCGUAUUCCUGCGCUCAAAAGCAUUCAGAAGAAGAUGGCUCGUCAAAACGGUUCCUCUUCUAGUCACAAGGGCAGCAACAACGAGGCAAAGCUCGCUGACGCAGUGCACCCGUCAGAGCAGUGGAUUGUGGAGCUCCUGAAGUUCAAGAAGAACAUUUCGGAGAUUGACAUUAAACUGCUGAAGGAGAUCAGCGUGGCGAUCGAUGCGGCUGUGAGUGAGGAGGACGUGGUGAACGCGAAUUUGAAGAAGAUGAAGACGGACAAGGAGUAUGUGCUCAACAGCAUUCGCUUUAUUGACCAGGAAGAGGCCAAGGCCAUCCGCAGUACGGGUAAGGGCGGCGUGCCUGGCCGUCACAGCCCUGGCUCGGACAGCGGCAGCUACGUGAACGGCGAUGAGCAGCCGACCCCGAAGUCUCGCACGCCGUCGCCGAACCCGGCGCGAGCUGCAUCACCGAACCCAGCACGAGCUGCAUCACCGAGCCCGGCCCGCGCUCCGUCACCGAGCCCGGCACGUGCUGCGUCGCCAGCCCCGUCGAAGCCAACUGCAUCGCCAGCCCCGUCGAAGCCAACUGCAUCGCCGCGUAGAUCGCCACCAAGUAGCUCGAAGUCGGUACCUUCGGUACCGGCGGCACCCGUGCCGCGUCCCGCUUUGGCAAAACCUCGGUCGGAGGAGUUCUAG